CCAAUAAGAAAGCUCGUCAGAACAUACGAAAAUAUUAUUGGAAAAAGUGGUGCCUCUUUCGAAGCAGCAUACUGGGCUCGUUGCCACAUUAGUUCACCCGCGUUGUUCACUAUCGAUCGGUCGAUCGCAUGAGCUAGUGUGCUUCGAGUGACCAUAUGCAUUCUGUUCCGUUAGUUGUUAUAUUCAUUGUUCCGUCGAGAGUGUGCAGUGUGCAAAUGAUUUUUGGAUAGUUCCGUAAGAGGUUUCUUUGUUGAAACACUGUGAAUGUACGUACAACGUACCUACUAUCGAAUGGUAGAGUUCAAUUAACUAGUUGAGCUAGUCGAGAGGAAUCGAGAUCUGAAAAUCGAUCGCUUGAAGAAAUAAAAGUUUGGAUAAAUACGCUAAGAAGCUCGUUCGUGGCCGAUUACCAUGGAUAAGAUUUCCAACAUUGUUGACAACCAAUCGACGUCCAGCUGGACCAUUAACGAUGCUAUCCACGGUCGAGUCAGCUAUCCGGCAUAUGUACGGCAAGUUGUCGAUACCCCUGAGUUCCAAAGACUCCGCAAUCUGAAACAGUUGGGAUCGAGCUCGAAAGUAUUUCCUUGCGUUACUCACACCCGGUUCGAGCACUGUCUUGGGGUUUGCUUCUUAGCUAGAAAGUUGCUGGAAACUCUGGAGAAAAACUCAGGCGUGGUGAUUAGUGACAUUCAUCGAAAGUGUGUUACGUUGGCCGGCUUACUGCACGAUGUUGGACACGGGCCUUUUUCUCACAUGUGGGAGGAUUUUGUCCAUAGUGGUGAAGAUAAAGAUUGGACGCAUGAGCAAUCGUCCUGUGACAUGGCUCGUCAGCUGUUUGCAACCAACGACAUUCAGCUGUCUCAGGAAUCAUACGAGCAUUACUACGCGGAGCAGUUGAUCUGUGCACUGAUAACCGGUAAUCAGGAAGCACUUCAAACACUGCUCACCCCGGACACCAUGUUUCUGUCGGAAAUUGUACACAACAAACGGUACAAAAUCGACGUUGAUAAGUGGGAUUAUUUACUGCGUGAUGCCUUUUAUUUGAACAAUGUUGUCCGAUUUGAUAAAGAUUUUGUCCAUUUGUUCGAUUAUGCUCGAGUGAUACGCGAUGAUAGUAACGUGGCUCACAUUGCUUAUCGGGUUAGCGAUUAUCGGUGUAUAGUAGAAAUGUUUGAGGCUCGAGCUAAACUGCACAUUGAGUGCUAUCAGCAUCCCACUACACUUGCUGUGGAGAAACUAAUGAUUGAUGUACUCACUCAGGCCGAAAAAUGCGGAUUCAGAUUAAAAGGCGAAAAAAUCUCUCAGGCUCACCAAUCGCCACCCAUCUAUUUGUACCUGGACGACAGUGUCGUUAGUCUGAUUGAAAGUAGCGACGAUACAAAGCUACGAGACGUACAGCAUUUGCUAGCCCGAAUACGUCGGCGGAAAAUGUUCACUCAAAUUUACGUUUCAAGCGAACCAAGUGAUAUUGAUCAUCUCAACAAGCGUUUCGGAGGAGAUUUGUUCUUCCAGGUGCACAAACGUGUUCCGUACGCUAGCGAGAUGGCACCACGCGAUGUACCGCUUUAUGAUGAGCAGGGCUACCUGAUUGACAAUCAAACUGCGGUCACUAGUAUUAUGAGUACCCUAAGCAACCAGGGAUACUACGAACAGUACUUCGUAUACUGUAAAGCAACCUCGAAGGAAAUUGUCAAUAGCGCACAGGAGUAUUUGGAGCGAUUGUCUGCUACCCCGGUUAUCAAGCGAAAAUUUACGUGAAAGAUAUUAUAUGUACUUUAUUCAUUAUUCGUCUCGUACAUUUUUACAUUGUGAGGAAGUGUAAGCAUUUUAUGUUAUAUUUUGUUAUUUUUUUUUGUUAUUUUAUUGAAGUGAACUUUGAUCAAGUAUGCAAUUUAUGUUGUGUUAAAAACGUGAAUUUUUUUUACAAUUAGUGCGUAGUAUAGUGUAUUGAAUUUCCACGCACGGUAUAGGAGUUUUGUCGAAUGUCAUCAUCGGGUACCAAAGUUAAAUUACAUCAGUUUUUCCAAUAUGUGUUCCGAUUAUAUAAUAAGUAAAUUAAUAUGAUAGCACGAAAAAUAAAAAUAAUAAAAAUAAAGAAUUAGUACAAACGAG